GAGAAUUUAUUUUUACUUUUUGGAUGAGAAUAUGGAGUUGGGGCGCGUGUGGGAGUGAUGCUCAAUAUUUUAAUCUAAAUUAACAUCGCCACGCCCACGCGAUCCUUGAGAGUUGAGACCGAAGAAUUUUACCAAAAUUAUUCUGGUGGUAGUUGCGUCUACUUGCAGAAAAAAUGGCUGAGAAAGUUCAUUCCUUUGAGGAGGUAGCCCAGCACAACAAGAAAGAUGAUUGCUGGCUUAUCAUCUCUGGCAAGGUCUAUGACGUGACACCAUUUCUGGAAGAGCACCCAGGAGGAGACGAUGUCCUUUUAACAUCAACAGGGAAGGACGCAACUGUUGACUUUGAAGACGUGGGGCACAGUGAUGAUGCGCAAGAGAAAAUGAAGGAAUUCUUUGUCGGCCAUAUUGACGAGUCUACUCUGCCCGAAACCAAACAGGCCUUCCACGUCACCAGCACUACUACGGGUGCAGCCACGGAGAAUCAGGGCUCUGGUGGAGACUCGUCUAAGGUUCUGCUCUAUGUUCUGCCCCUUUUGAUACUCGGUGUUGCAUUCCUUUUGCGUUUGUACUUUCAGAAGGAGUGAAUGAAAAAGGAAAAAGAAAAAAGAAAAAGAAGAAGGGUUGUUGGAAGAAAACCAAAAGAAAGUGAGGAUUAUGUAUUGGUUAUUGAAUUAGGAUGUCUGUGUGUGUUGAAUGUUGAUGCAUACUGUAUGUUGGUACAACUAAUAAUUGGAACUCUAUAGUCUCUGCCAAUAGAUCAGAUGGCUCUUGUUGUAUCCCUUGUUUGCCAAACGUUAAUUAUGAUGCGAUGGCUUGUUUGGAAUCUGUGUGUACCUUUGUGCAUGACGGCGUGUUUUAAGCUCGCCCCUUGAAACGUUAUUGCGAAUGUUAUGUGAAUCUUGAUGGAUUAAACUGUGUCCAGAGCAAAGGGAAUGAAAAUGUAGUGACAAGUUAUAUUAUAAUUUGUAUGCUAGACAGAAAAAUGAAGGAAGGACUUUAUGACAUGAUGUUUUUUCAGCUAAAUGCAUGGUUUUAAGCCAG